AUGAGAUACACCGUAGGAUCUCUCGUUGCCCUAGCUGGCCUCACCAACGGCCUCCCGCACCCACAGCUUCCAGGUCUUCCAGGUCUUCCAGGCUUACCUUCCGGCCUUCCUGGCCUACCCGGUCUUCCUGGCCUGCCUUCUGGUGGACUACCCGGUCUUCCUGGUCUGCCUUCUGGUGGACUACCCGGUCUUCCUGGCCUGCCUUCUGGUGGACUACCCGGCUUGCCUGGUCUACCUACUGGCCUGCCUGGCUUGCCUACCGGCGGCCUACCUGGUGGCUUACCUGGUGGCCUACCCGGCUUGCCCACUGGCCUACCCGGCACACCUAGCAUUCCCGGCCUCCCCGGUCUUCCUGGUGGCGGCAACAGUGUUGGAACCGGCCCUCAGGCCACAGCCGCUCCGAAUAAGACUGAUGUAGCAGUACCCACUCCUACUGGUGCAGCCGGCACGAUUGGCAGCGACUGCAAACCGCAGGGUGCCGCUGGCGCUCUUGGAAGCACUGAGAAUGGUGUGACGGACAAGAACUGCUGCACUGGCUUGACCGUCAUCUUUGCUCGUGGCACUGGAGAGCUCGGCAACGUGGGAACUAUUUCGGGACCGCCCAUGUUCAAGGCCCUUAGGCAGAAGCUUGGUGCCGACAAGGUCACUAUUCAGGGUGUCAACUAUGCUGCUUCCGCUGCUGGUAAUGCCAACUUGGGCGCAGACGGCGGCAAAGUCAUGGCUCAACUCGUCGCAUCCGCCCUCUCCCAGUGCCCAAGCACCAAGGUCGUCGUCUCCGGCUACAGUCAGGGCGGCAUGGUCGUUCACAACGCGUUCCAGAACGGGCUCUCGUCAUCCAAUGUCGCUGGCGCUGUUCUCUUCGGUGACCCAUUGAAGCAAUCCGCUGUUGGCAACCUCCCCAAGGACAAGGUCAAGGAAUUCUGCGGUACUGCUGACUUGAUCUGCGGUGGUGGAGGCGAUGGAGGAGCGACCGGUGACCAUCUCGGCUAUGGCAGUGUGGCGGAUGCUGCUGCGACAUUUGUGUUGCAGGCAGCCGGCCUUGCUUAG